AUGAUGGAAAGAAUAAGAAAAGAGAUGAUCCUGAUGGAGAGAGGGCUACACAGCCCUACAGCUGGCAAAAGGCUCUCGAAUUUGUCAGACUCAGCUGGAAAUGCGGUACUGGAGGCCCUUGAAAAUUCUCAACACAGUGGUCGCCUCAGCCCGAGACUAACUCCCGCCUCGCUGCAUAGCGCGAUAGGGGACAUCUCUGCCAAAGGCAAAUUUGAAAUAGACACUUUAUUCAACCUUCAACAUCCGAGCAGCGAAAGUGCCGUCUCAUCCGAAAUCCCUUCGUCGGAGAACAGGAAGAAAAUCAGCCUUUACCCCGAAGUUGCUCCGGAGGCAGAUAUGAACAGUGAUGUGGAGGUGGGCUGCUCCGCGCUACGCUCCCCGGCCAGCCUCCCGUCCUCCCAGCUGAAGGAAAACAAUAACAAAGGCUACUCGGAGAGCAGCGCGGCUCCCAGCAGCGCUCCCGCCGCCGCCUCCGCAGGCCCCGCCGCCCUGCACAGCAGCGGCGCCCUGGGCGGCUCGGGCGCGGGCGCGGACCAGGUGCGCAGGUACCGCACGGCCUUCACCCGCGAGCAGAUCGCCCGCCUCGAGAAGGAGUUUUACCGCGAGAACUACGUGUCGCGCCCGCGCCGCUGCGAGCUCGCCGCCGCGCUCAACCUGCCCGAGACCACCAUCAAGGUUUGGUUCCAGAACCGGCGCAUGAAGGACAAGCGGCAGCGCCUCGCCAUGUCCUGGCCGCACCCGGCCGACCCCAGCUUCUACACGUACAUGAUGACCCACGCGGCGGCCACGGGCAGCCUGCCCUACCCCUUCCACUCGCACGUCCCGCUCCACUACUACCCGCACGUAGGCGUCACGGCCGCCGCCGCCGCCGCCGCCGCCUCGGGCGCCGCCGCCUCGCCCUUCGCCGCCUCCAUCCGCCCGCUCGACACCUUCCGCGCCCUCUCGCACCCCUACUCGCGCCCCGAGCUGCUCUGCACCUUCCGCCACCCCGGCCUCUACCAGCCGCCCGCCGCCAGCAUCAACAGCAGCGCGGCCGCCUCGGUGGCGGCGGCGGCGGCGGGGGGCCCGGCGGCGGCGGCGGGGGGCGGCUCGGGGCCCUGCUCCUGCCUCAGCUGUCACAGCAGCCACACGGCGGCGGCGGCGGCGGCCGCCUCCGUGCUGGGCUCGCGGGGCGCCGCGGCCGCCGCCGACUUCCCGUGCGCGGCCGGGGCGCAGCGCCCCGACAGCGGCUUCCUGCCCUACUCGGCCGCCGUGCUGGGCAAGGCGGCCGUGGCGUCGCCCGAGCAGCGCGACGAGGCGCCGCUCACCAGAUAA